AUGGAUUCAGUUGCUAAUUAUGGCAAGGGAUUGAAACUCCCUACUUAUGACGAAACAAGGGUGACUUUCUUGAAAAAAGAGGUAGAAAAUAUGCACUUCACAUUGGAUAAGUAUAAAAAUGAGUGGAAAAAAACAGGUUGCACUUUAAUAUCAGAUGGAUGGACGGAUAAUAGAGAGAGGUCUAUCACAAACUUCCUUGUCAAUAGUCCAAAGGGAACAGUUUUUCUUAAAUCUAUUGACACCUCUGAUAUUUCCAAGAAUGUUGAAAAUUUAUUUCAACUGCUUGAUUCUUUGGUGCAAGAAAUUGGAGAGGAGAAUGUGGUACAACUAGUGACAGAUAGUGCUUUGGCUUAUGUUUCAACUGGUGAAAAAUUAAUGGAAAAAAGACAUAAGAUCUUUUGGAAUCCUUGUGCUGCUCACUUAAAAGUUUUAAGGCUUGUAGAUGGUGAUGCAAAACUAGCAAUGGGCUACAUAUAUGAAGCUAUGGAUAGAGCAAAAGAGCAAAUCCGGAAAAUUUUUAAUGAUGUGCAAAGGAGAUAUAGACCUAUAUUGAGAAUUAUUGAAACUAGAUGGAAGCUUCAGCUUCAUAAGCCUUUACAUGCAGCAGCUUAUUUUCUCAAUCCUAAAUUUCAUUAUGAUCUCAACUUUGUUGCAAAUGAAGAAGUGAGAGUUGGACUUUAUGAAGUGAUUGAAAGGAUGUGUCCUACAACUUUGGAGAGGUGUAGGAUUGAUCUACAAUUAGAGAAAUUUGAUAAAGCUGAGGGUUUGUUUGGAAAAGAAAUGACUAUACUUACAAGAACAAAGAAGCAGCCAGCAUUGUGGUGGGAAAGUUAUGGAGUACAUUGCAAAGAGCUUCAAAACUUAGCUAUACAUGUCUUAAGCCUAACUUGUAGUGUAACGGGAUGUAAAAGAAAUUGGAGUACUUUUGAUCAUGUACACACUAAAAAAAGAAAUCGUCUUGAGCAACAAAGAAUGAAUGCUUUGGUGUUUGUAAACUAUAAUAUUAAUUUGGAGUUGAGACAAAUAAAGAGAGAAGAGAAUGGUGACUCAUAUGAUCCGAUUUGUCUAUCGGAUUUGGAAUCUGAUGAUGAAUGGAUUACCGAAAAGGAAGAACCUUGCUUGCCAGAAGAUACUUCAUGGAUGGACAUUCAUGAAUGCUUUGAAGUUAAUGAGGAAGGAUGUAGUAGAAAAAGAAGGAGAGGUUCAAGAAAUUUGAAUGCCAAAAAGAAAAGUAAAGAAAAAGUUAUUGAAGUUGAAGAACCAGAAGAGAUAGUGGAUGUUGGAGAUGAUGAAGAAGAUGUACAAGAAGAUGCCAAUGAUGAAAUGAUUUUGCAAGAUGAUGAAGAUGAUAACUUCAUUGACUUGGACUAUGGAGAUGAUUUUGAUGAUUUUGAUUAG